GCUUGUCGCGCAACGCAGCGACCUCGAACAUCGUCCAUUAUCUGUGAACUGAACUACGAGCAUGGCCAAAAGAGAGCACGGGCAAGCAAAUGGCGGGCGCCCAGCGAAGCGGCAGAGACGGUACGACGAUGAUGGAGACGUGGAGAUGGCGUCGGGCGACGAGGGUGGCGACGCCGAAUAUGGCGACGCGGGGGGCGCGAGCGUGCAGGAGCAGGGGCUGCAGCUGUGGCAGACCGCCCGGGACGCGGUGAACAAGGAAGGCCGACUGCUCUCAGGCCAGUUCCUCCAGAAGCCGUCGCGCAAAUUAUACCCGGACUACUACACGCUCAUCCAGCGGCCCAUCGCGUUCGACGACAUCCGCAAAAAGCUCGACAAGAAUGCGUACCCGACGCUCGAAGCCGUGCGCGAGGAUUUCGAGCAUUGCUUCACGAACGCGAAGAUCUACAAUCUCAAGGGGAGCGAGAUUUACAACGAUGCGAAGGAUCUGCUGAAACUGGUCAACAAAACCGCUGCACGGCUUUCUGGUGUGGACCCUCACGAGAAGAAGAAGGACAAGGCCCCCACCCUGCACAAGCUGCUCAAGUCACGGCUACAGAAGCUGAUUGACAAGACGGAUGAUAGUGGGCGGAUCCUCUCGACCGAGUUCAUGGAGCUCCCCUCCAAGAAAACCUGGCCUAUCUACUACAAGGUCAUCAAGAAGCCAGAGUGCCUGGAGGCCAUACGGAAACGCGUAAAGGACAAGAUCUACACAAAUGCAGCCGACUUUGCAGCGGACGUCGAACGCGUGUUCACCAAUGCAAUGGAGUUCAAUCAAGAAGGCUAUGUAAUCCAUGAGGAUGCGAGGACACUGCGAGACUAUCUCCAUCAGCUCAUGUCUGAUAUGCCCCCACCCUUCAACCUCCCCCAGUACUCGCAAACACCGGCAGGCGCACCGAAGAUCAAGCUGAAGCUGGGCAAAGCCGCUGCCGAUCAGGAAGCGCCUUCUGCGUCGUCCUCGCAUCUUACGCUUCGCGUGCCAGCGCCGCACGCGCCAGAAACACCCGCCAAGCCAGCUGCUCCCGAGCCUACACUUCCUGUCGCACCAGUCACUGCUACCAAGACCGCGGCUGCGACACCCAAGGUGCCCCCGGCUGCCAAACCUCCCCCGCCGAAGGCAGAGCCGAAGCCCACUGCAGCGCCUAUAGUCACGACUUCUACUGUUGCCCCCAUACCUGCCACGCCAGUCGCACCUCGCCCAAGUUCGCUUGUCCACACCUUCUCAGCUGUGCCCCAGUCUUCAGCCGCAUCGCCGCUGACGCCGUCGGUCUCUAGCCCAUCGCUAGCGAAUGUGCAGAAGGGGGUCAGGCCUGUCCGCACCGCCACCCCUCGCGCUACGCCCAAGGUCCAGCAGCCGAAGCCGCAGCAGGCGCGCGUGCCGACAGUGCCGCAGCCGCGCUCGACGACUAGCACACCGAAGUUUGAGCCUUUUGUGCAGCAGUAUACUGCGCCGACGUUCUCAUACUAUUCUGGAUACAAUGCGUCUACGCCAGCAUCCUCGCAUCCCGCACCCCCUGCACCCCAUCUUCCUGCCCCUGCCCCUCCGCCUGUGCCUCCACCGAUCAUCGCUGCUGUCACUCCGGCGAAGUCUCCGGAUCCACCACCGCUGGACCCGAGCCGCCAGAUACGCAGCAUCCUCAUGCGCACGCAGCCCCGGGGCCGGUGCAUCAUUCUCGACCACCGGGAAGGCGUCAAGUCGUGGGCCAUCCGCCUCGGCCCGAACGAGCGCGCGCUGCACUUCAGCGGCCUACGUUUCAUCGGGCAGGAGGAAGAGGAAGAGGAGAGCUCCGAGGAAGAGGAGGAGGGCGAUGAAGAGGAGGACCAGGAAAUCCUGAAGCGCCGGCCGCGCGGGCGGCCGUCGAAGGCGGCAGCGGCAGCACUGAAGGCAGCGCAGGAUCGCGUAGAUCGGCGCGCGAGGAAGCGCGCGCGCACGACACGGGAGAUCUUCGUGAAGCUGAAUGGUACCGCUAUCCCGGAGAAGGUGAAGGCGCCGGAGAUGAACGGGGGCGGGGCUCAUCGGUCUCACUUCGAAGCCAAAGAGUGGACGGUGGAUUUGAAGAACGGCCUGUCUACCAUGGAGAUCGGGGAGAAGGACGGGAUGGUUUGGAAGGUGUACGUCGACAGACCCAAGCUGGGGUAG